AUGCGCGGACGGCGGGCGCGGUUCUGGGGUGGGGGCUGUGGCCGUGUCUAGCUGUUCAGGUGCUCUGUGCUCAUCCUCCCUGCGCACCUACAGCCGCAGACCGCCGGGGGGGGCGGGGGAUGCCGGGCUGCCGCAUCAGCGCCUGCGGCCCGGGGGCCCAGGAGGGGACGGCAGAGCCGGGGUCGCCGCCGCCGCCCCGGGAUCCCAUGCCGUCCUCUCAGCCCCCGCCCCCAACUCCGACCUUGACCCCUACCCGGACCCCGGGUCAGUCCCCGCCGCUGCCGGACGCAGCCGGGGCUUCGGCAGGCGCGGCCGAGGGCCAGGAGCUGCAGCGCUGGCGCCAGGACGCUAGCGGGAUCGCGGGGCUCGCCGGCCCCGGAGGGGGCUCUGGCGCGGCGGCGGGGGCGGGGGGCCGCGCGCUGGAGCUGGCCGAAGCACGGCGGCGGCUGCUGGAGGUGGAGGGCCGCCGGCGCCUGGUGUCGGAGCUGGAGAGCCGCGUGCUGCAGCUGCACCGCGUUUUCUUGGCGGCCGAGCUGCGCCUGGCGCACCGCGCGGAGAGCCUGAGCCGCCUGAGCGGCGGCGUGGCGCAGGCCGAGCUCUACCUGGCGGCUCACGGGUCGCGCCUCAAGAAGGGCCCGCGCCGCGGCCGCCGCGGCCGACCCCCCGCGCUGCUGGCCUCGGCGCUGGGCCUGGGCGGCUGCGUGCCCUGGGGUGCCGGGCGACUGCGGCGCGGCCACGGCCCCGAGCCCGACUCGCCCUUCCGCCGCAGCCCGCCCCGCGGCCCCGCCUCCCCGCAGCGCUGACCUCCACGCCCGGACCCCUGGCCACCCCGACAAGCUUCGCCGAGGUGCCGACCGACCGACUGAUCGCGGACGCCGGCUGGAAGGACUACGGAUCCGCAGGAAGAGACAGUGGGGGGCCAGGGGCCCAGUAGAGGAGGCUGAGGUGCGGUCUUAGCGGCUGGUUCGCAAAAAUUACAGCCUGACUCACAUAACCAGGACAGGAUGUCUGGCACCUGCUCACCCAGGGAUCCUUACAUAGCAGAACCUAGAGGCUUAACUCCCAACCUGUUACUAAGAUGGCUCGGCCAGGUUGGAACCAGGUGAUACCCUUUAACAGGCCCCAAGGGGGCAGGUGUGGCAUCAGCUUCCAGAAAGGGGGGCCUUAAAGAGCCAGAUCUGAGGUGAGAUCUGCUUCUCUUCCUGUCCAGAUGCCCUUCAGUCUCCCAUUCCUCUGUCCCCACUGUGAAUGACCUGGCUACUGCAUUGCUGCUCACCAGCUGAGUUAAUUUCACUCUCACUUAUCAGUCUGCGAAGUGGAUCUCUUAACCUCCCAGAGGGGCUGUGGUGACGUUAACCCAGGGCAGAGGUCCUUCUUCUUCCUCACUAAAUCAUGGAAAGAUAAUUUUUUUUGUUGUUGUUGUUUGUUUUGAGACAGUGUUUCGCUCUUGUUGCCCAGGCUGGAGUGCAGUGGUGCGAUCUUGGCUCACUGCAACCUCCGCCUCCCGGAUUCAAGCGAUUCUCCUGCCUCAGCCUCCCAAGUAGCUGGGAUUACAGGCAUGUGCCACUACGCCCAUCUCAUUUCGUAUUUUUGGUAGAGACCGGGUUUCUCCAUGUUGGUCAGGCUGUUCUCGAACUCCCGACCUCCAGUGAUCUGCCCGCUUCGGCCUCCCAAAGUGUUGGGAUUACAGGCGUGAGCCACUGCACCUGGCUGAUAAUGUAUUAUUUUAACUCACACCUGGAAACAGGCACUGCUUUUGCUGAUAGAGCCAUGAGCUAAUUUAAAGUCCUACUUUUGCAGAGUGGAGAGGGGAUUUCUCAAGGUCACAUGCCAGUGAGGGAAGAAUCAAGGUCCCUGGCCUGUGUGUGCACCUCCCACAGUACCCUGGGCAGGGGCUAGGGAGAGUUGUCCUCUGGAUCCUGUCUGCUCUGUGACUUAGAACAACUCUGCCCCCUCUCUGGGCCUCUUUCCUCAGUCCCUCCUUGAGUCAGGGCUUGGGAAUGGGGUGAAGUGGGGAGGAUGCUUCCUUCCACAGGAAUCUGGGAGGGUCAGGUGCACUGCUCUGAUAGGCUGAGGCUUGGGGCCCUUAUGAGAUCCUCCCUCAUCAGCCCUUCUCCCUGGAUACCAAACUUUUUGGCUGGUUUCUCGGCUAACAGCAAGGCUUUCCUGAACCCUUUCUUAGCUGGGGAAGGGAGGUUCAGGAGGGGGUCUCAGAGCCUCUGACAAAGUUAGGGAACCCCAGGGAAAUAAUGAAGGGGGCAAUGCCAUCCUCUGGUCUUUCCAGACAGGAAACACCUUCCAAAGCCACUUGGGUCAUUUGGGGUGUAGAGGCUUAGAGAGGACAGGACAUCUUGGAAAGAGCUCAGCUCAGGCCUUGGUGCUGGGCUGCAGCCAGGACCGUUUGUUUUCUGGGUUGCAUGGGAGGGGGCACUUGGUCCGGAGAAGCUUUUAGCUAAUGGUGUAAAGUGCUCGGUGCCAUCACAGUUUUGGCUUUCUCCAGGAUUUAUUUGUAAUCAGCUUGUCCCGAAUUGGGGGUGGGGUGGGUGAGUAGAGAAUUAGAGACGACACUGGCUAGUGUGUAUGUGUGAAGUAGAGGGUAGUAAAUGGAGAUUGGUCCUGGUGUCACAGGCAGCUCUGCCCCCUCCCUCCACUUCCAGAUGUCCCACUGCUCCUCAUCAAGCUUCCUGGCCAGGGCACACACAUGUAGACUUGAACCCCAGCUCCUAGUUAGUGCUAUGUCCAUUACCACAUAGCCAACUAACAAAAGGCACCUCCCACACCUGCCUGACCCUCCAGGGCCCCCUCUAGAAGCUCACCCAUCUGGCUUUAUUCAGGCCGGGUGCGGUGGCUCAUGCCUGUAAUCCCAGCACUUUGGGAGGCCCACGAGGGCCAAUCACUUGAAGUCAGGAGUUCAAGACCAGGCUGGCCAACAUAGUGAAACCCCAUCUCUACUAAAAAUAACAAAAAUUAGCUGGGCGUGGUGGCAGGUGCCUGUAAUCCCAGCUACUCAGGAGGCUGAGAAAGAAUUGCUUGAACCCGGGAGGUGGAGGUUGCACCGCACUCCAGCCUGGGCAACAGAGCAAGACUGUGUCUCAAAAAAAAAAAAAAAAAAAAAAAAAAAGCUCACCCAUCUGCCUCCAUUUUCUUCUUAAUUAGCAAAUAUUGAUAGGGGCUCAGAAAGCAGAGCCAAAUCAGAGGAGGGUCUCUACUUUUAAGGGCUUAUGUCUCCUGGCUCUUUUCCAGGCAGGCUUUUCGGCUGUCACCAUCCCGGGGGAUCCCUUGGGGGCUGAGCAGUUUGUAGCCUCGGACAGAAGGCUGACCCACCCCUUUUCCCCACAUGACUUUCAGAACACUUUCUUGGUGGCCCCCAGCUCUGGGGACAGGACUGAGUACAGGGAUCUUGGGGGACCUGUGCAUUGAGGACACUGACGGCCACCAAUGAAUUUAUAUCUCAGCAAAGGGAAAUGAGGGGGGAACAGGAGCCUUUCUUCAGGCUGGUGCUUGGGGCUGGGAGAUCAGUUCAAGGUUCUAAUCUGGGACCUGCCCGUCAACUGGAUAACCAUGUGAACGUUGCCACCAGAGGGCAGUGUGGGGCUGCUUUCUCGAGACGAAGGGGUGUGGCCUGGAGGAGGUUCAGUCCUUUAUUGUUCCUGCCCCCAAUCAUCCCUUUGCCCGGUAGUCCCCGGGGCUUCCUAGAUCUUGAGCUGCAGGGGCCUGGGAGAACGAGCAGGGUAGUCGCGGUCGGCGCAGCCCUAGAGUGGGAGUGUAGUUCUGGGGAUAGCUUCCUGGGUGGAGUGGGACUAGAGGCCAGAGCUGUGCCCAUCACCGGCUCCCUAGGGGCGGGAACCCUCUUUGAAAGGGGAGCAAGGCCGGGUGCGGUGGCUCACACCUGUACUCCCAACACUGGGAGGCCGAGGCGGGCGGAUCACGAGGUCAGGAGAUCGAGACCAUCCUGACUAACAUGGUGAAACCCCGCCUCUACUGAAAAAAAAAAGGGUGGGGGGAGCAAAGGAAGCUCCUUUGGUUGGGCUAAGCCUGGAACCCCAGGGAGAAGACCCAUUAGCAAAGACUUCCAGAAAAGACAGGUAGCCCUUGUUGGGGUCACUAUCAGGAUAAAAGACCAGAGUCAUUUUGUAUUCACAGAUUUGUUACACUAAUUGAUCAGAACCCAGGGUCCCACUGCCAGUGGUGGCCAGUGUUGCCUCUUAGAUUAGGCUGGAGCCACAGAACAUGGCCAAGGUGGUCCAAGCCUGCAGCCGCUCCCCUGUUGGUGGGUUCUUCAAGAACAACUCGGGUGCUUAGGCUUCUCAGAGCUGAAGGAGAGGCCUGCUGUCAUGAGAGCAGUGCAGGAGGAGGUAUUUGGGAAAGCUUGGAGAUCCCCAACCUACUUCUUCCCCCAUUGGUCCUUGACUGCACCCUGGCCAGGGGCGAUGGGGGAAGGGAACUCUUGGUUCUGGAAUAAUAUCUUAACCACCUCCUCUAUGCCAGGCCCCUGAGCACUUUACACCCAUUAAUCUGUUCCUGUCCUCCCAACCACUCUGCAAAGUAAGGGUUAUUAUUCCCAUUUCCACAGGUGAAGAAACAGAGAGGGAGGGCGGGUGACUUGCCCAAAGACAUAGGAGCUAUAAGUGAGGGAUCUCUUAAACAUUAGGCUAUAUGGUGAUUCAUUUAUCAGGCUAAAGAGAGGUCCGUUUAGGGGGAUAUCUGGGCUCCCACAUUCAAGGCUGUGUAUAGUGACCCUUGGUCCUUGGGUAUUGGAAGGGACAUGAGAUGCUGGAGGGGUGGCAGAAGGUGCCCCUCCCAGAGUCUGGGCACACCCCAACCUGGCUGGGCCCUGGGGGUGAGUCAGGCUGAGUCAGCAACCUGGCUUCUGAGGAGGGUGGGCCAAGGAUGCUCAGGGCUCAAGCCUCCCAAGGGCUUUCCUUGGAGGGCUGCCUCCUCUCCCUGUAGAUCUGGGCUGGCUAACAGGGUGAAAUCCCAUCUCUACUAAACAUACAAAAAUUGGCCGGGCGUGGUGGCAUGCCCCUGUAAUCCCAGCUACUCGGAAGGCUGAGACAGGAGAAUCGCUUGAACCAGGGAGGCGGAGGUUGCGGUGAGCCGAAAUCGCGCCAGUGUACUCCAGCCUGGGCAACAAGAGCAAAACUUCGUCUCAAAAAGAAAAAGAAAACUUGAGUAUUAAAUGAGAAGUCAUACUAAGUACUUGGCACAUAGUAGAGAUCCGUAAAUGAUGGAACCAAUUUGCCCAGCCCUGGAGAGGCCGCCAGGACAGAACCCCCAGGCAGCGUGGGCCUCUGCUUCUCUAGAGCAUCACCAUAUCAGGAAUCCCUGGAAUGGGCCCUGGGAAACUCCAUAAGGGGAGAAGUGGAGGAGGGGCAGGCUUUUCAUCCCAGGAACAUUCCAUUCUAACUGCUCAGGCUAGGGGAUCCCAGCCAAGGACAAAGGCCCAAGGGAACCUCUGCUUCCCCAGGAGUCCCAUUCCAUACUAUUGCCUCCUGCAUCUUCUCUCCACAAUGCCCCCGCCCCCUUCAGGCAGAUUUCAAGUUGAAGGGCUUGGGUGGGGCUGGGUGGCUGUGGGAAAGAGGCCAUUAAAGCUCUUGGAAUUAUUCU